AUGGAGCUCCCGCCGAUGAGCCUAAGGGCAAUUAGGUCAUUUCUCCCCCAUGCCAUCAUUUUCUCUUCCAUAUACGUUCCAUGGUUGUUGGGAUCUGCUGCUAACUUCUCCAACGAAACAGAUCAUCUUGCUUUGGUCCACUUCAAACAUCUGAUAACUGACGAUCCUCUCAAUUCCUUGAGCUCCUGGAACCAUACUCUCCACUUCUGCCACUGCUUCCACGGUGCGGUUCCCGAAGAGAUUGGCCGUUUGUUCCGCUUGCGGUAUCUUAGUCUGGUCAAUAACACAUUCACCAGAGAAAUUCCAGCAAAUCUGACCCACUGUUUGGAACUCCAAGUCCUUAAUCUUUACGGGAAUCAGCUUGUAGGGAGGAUUCCAACUGAGCUAGGCUCUCUAUCCAAGCUCACCAAAUUGAACCUUGGUUACAACAGUCUUACAGGAUGCAUCCUACCUUCACUUGGAAACCUUUCGUCUCUCAGUUAUCUUUAUCUUUCAAUUAACAAUCUCGAGGGCAGCAUCCCAAGUGAGCUCAGCCAGCUGGUAAGCUUAGAGUUGCUUGCAAUUUAUUCUAGUAACCUGUCAGGUAGGAUUCCUCCCUCGCUAUACAAUCUUUUAUCCAUUACCAUUUUGGACGUGGGAUAUAACAGAUUGAAUGGAAAUCUUCCAUCCAACUUAGUCCUCACUCUCCCUAAUCUCCAAGAACUCUAUGUUGGAGGAAACCAAUUCACAGGACCCAUACCAGUUUCAUUACCCAACGCUUCACGACUUGUAAUUCUUUCGUUUGAGGACAAUAGUUUUACUGGAUCCAUGCCUAUGAAUCUUGGAAGCCUCAAGAGUCUCACUAAGGUAUUUUUGGGCUACAAUGAACUUGGAACUGGGAAAGCUCAUGACUUGAGUUUUCUCGUUUCAUUGACCAAUUGUAGUAGCUUACAAGCACUGUACAUGGACGCUAACUGUCUCAGCGGUGCGUUGCCUGACUCCAUAGCUAAUCUUACUACCCAAAUGACGUGGCUAACACUUGAAGGUAACAGGAUAUUCGGAAGCAUCCCAUCUGGGAUUCAGAACCUUUUCAGCUUAACAAGGUUGCGUAUGCAAUAUAACUUUUUAACGGGUGCCAUUCCCAUUGGUGUUGGGAAGCUUAACAAAAUGGAGGUACUUUUCUUCGGUAGAAAUGAAUUAUCUGGAAAUAUUCCAUCUUCCAUGCAAAACAUGUCCCGGUUGUAUUUACUUGCUUUAGAGGGAAAUAGUCUAACAGGGAGUGUACCUUCAAGUCUUGGAAAUUGUACAUACAUGCAGUUCUUGUACCUCUUUGAUAAUAAUCUUAGUGGUGGCUUACCCAAACAACUUUUCAGCUUUCCCUCUUUAAUUGAAAUCUUUGUUGGAAACAACUCGUUUAGCAUUGAUCUGCCAUUGGAAGCCGGAUACCUGAAAGCUCUCCAGAAUUUGAAUGUUUCUAAUAACAAAUUGUCAGGCGAAAUUCCCAGCUGGCUAGGUAGCUGUCUAAGCCUAGAGUAUCUUGGGUUGGAAGGGAACUUCUUUCAAGGGUCAAUUCCUUCUACAUUUAGUACUCUAAGAGGCCUUGGAUCCCUGGAUCUUUCAGGCAACAACUUGUCUGAAAAGAUUCCAAAAUACCUGGAGAACCUUUCUGCUUUGGAAUACCUAAAUCUAUCUUUCAAUGAUUUCGAGGGCGAAUUACCAAAUCAAGGGGUCUUUAGAAAUGCCAGUGAAGUUUGGGUACUCGGAAAUAGUAAGCUUUGUGGGGGUAUUGAAGAAUUGAAAUUGCCAGCGUGCUCUAGCCAAGCUUCCAAGAAAUUGGGAUGUCUCUUGCUUCAAAAGUAA